AUGGCGAAGGGACUCGGUGCCCAAAACCUACCGGCCGACGUGACUCAGGUGAUCGAUCAGCUGGAGCGCCACUGCUUGGCACCCGAUGGAUCUCUCGUCUCCAAAUCCGCCUACUACGAUCUCCAACUAGCCAGAGAGGAAAUGUCGAGGGAGAGACUACGUUACUUAGAAGCCAUGGCACUGUAUUGCGAGGCAGUUGCGAUGGUGGAAGAGUUUCAGCAGGCUGUUUCAGCGGCCAACUUUGGAGGAAUUCGAGAGGUUCAGGGCCUAUAUCCACAGCUUGGUUUGAAGAACUCUCCUCAGGUUUAUGAGGCUCUUGAGCACAAGCUGGUCGUUGCAGAAGCCAAUCAAAGGUUAAGGCUUCCACUUAUUUCUAAAGAUGGUGAGAUUCAGGAGGAAGAAAUUGAGAAAUGUAGUAUAAUGUCAAGAAGCUCCCUUGAUAGUACGAGUACCAGCGUCACUAUAAGCUCAAGCUCAAACUCAAACUCAAUGAACUACACAAAUAUUUCUGCAAUUGGGACUGGUGGUACGACAAAUAAUGCUCUUUCUGGUGGUGCUACUGAUGCAGCAGAUCCUGGAGUUGGUGGUGUUCCUAAUCGAUUCCUUGGAAUAACAGCUGUUUACUUGCGACAAACUCAACUCCAGCAUGCACCACUAUCUACGGACAUGGCAGAAUACCAGAUGUCACUUUUCCAUGAGAUAGAGAGCCGUUUAAAAGCAAAAUGCGAUAAGUUAGCUGAUGCCUGCAUAUUAGAUGAGUUUGAUGUCUCCUCAACUGGUAAUCCAAAUACAAGUGCUCGACUUCCAGAAAGAGUAAAGUUAAUUAUUGAGGAUAUUGAGAGGGAAGAAACAGCUCUGCAAGAGGAUCUAUAUUCUGUGGAUAGAAAAUUCGUGGAGUAUUACAAUGUUUUAGAGCAGAUACUUGGUGUGCUUAUCAAGCUUGUCAAAGAUUUGAAGUUGGAACACCAACAUAAAUACGAUGAGUUGCAAAAAACUUGGCUUUGCAAAAGGUGUGAGACCAUGAGCGCAAAAUUGAGUGUUCUGGAGCAUAUUCUCCUGCUUGAGACUUAUACUCAGGAAUCAAUUCCAGCACUCCACAAAAUAAGGAAAUAUCUGGUUGAAGCUACCGAAGAAGCUUCCCUGGCAUACAAUAAAGCUGUAUGCUUCUUUAGUAUUUAGUUCUUUACUAUAUUGCCAGAUAGUUUGUUCAUGAGUGUGCAUCUUCUUUUUUUUCUGGGUACUGAGCAUACUCCUUUUUUUAAGCAACAGAAGAUUUUAGAGAUGUAUGAUAGUAACUUAGUUAUCACACACUUCUCUAAUCUCCGCGUGGUUGAGUCUAUGAGGGAUCCAUUGGCUGGUGAGGCCAAUUUCUAUGGAUGCUUGGAAGAGUUAUAUGUUUAUUUUUGUCCUUAUCUUUCAAUAUACUAGUCCAAGGUGUAAAUCAGGUUGCAAUUUACCUAGAAGAUUACGUAUUUAGGUGUAUUCGUAUAUAUGUGAUUUAACUGGGAGGAAACCCAGAUAAACAAAAGAAAAAAAAUAAAUAACUAUUUUGCUAUGUCUGACAAUUUUCUAUCAAAAGGCCAAAGGAUAUGACCCUUUAUUUAUCUCCUUUCAUAGGGAUUAUAAUAGUAUUUGUGACUAUGUGUGUGUGUUUUGUGAGUUGCUGUCUUCUCUUUUUUGGUCGUGUUAGCCUCACAAAAGUUCUAAUGGUUAAAAUUGUUACCAGGUUACACGUCUUCGGGAGUACCAAGGUGUUGAUCCUCACUUCGACACAAUUGCAAGGCAGUACCAAGACAUUGUUAAGAAAUUGGAAAACAUGCGAUGGACAAUUCACCAAGUUGAAAUGGACCUGAAUCGCUUACCUGAUCACCCAAGCACGUAAUGUAUCUUGUUGCAUUUGGUUUUGUAUUUUUGAGAUUGUACUUUCAUACUGCAUUGAAAUUAACAUGGAGUUGUUUUGUGAAUCGUGCAUAUGAUAUUGGGAAAGAAAAAAAGAAGAGAUGAUCUUGAUUAUUCUGUGCAUGUUUGCACCUGCGUUUCUUGCAUUCAUGCAAUAUUAUCAUUUGAUCACGAGAACCAUGUGUUACUUUAAAGUAAAGGUUGAGAUAUUGUACAGGUUUAAGGUUGAGAA